AUGCCGCGAACGAAAGUUGAAGAGACCCUCCCAUUUAUUCACAAUCAGCAUAAAAAAGACAUCCAAAAUUAUAAAACUUAUGAUAUUCCUUCAACCGUUGAUUAUAAAACUUAUGUUCCUUCAACCGUUGAUUAUAAAACUGACAUUCCUUCAACUGUUGAUUCUCUAUUCGAUGUACCGCAAUCUAAACGAUCUUUAAACCGAAAAAUUUCAAUCUGUCUAGGUGUUUUUAUUGGGGUUUGUUUCUUGGCACCAGCUCUAGUUUUAUUCUUUUACGAUUAUAACGAUUAUGAUGAUGUUACGAGAAUCCCUAAACGCUAUCAAUUGUGCAGAAAUAAUUACGAUAUCUUUGAUUACACCAUCGAAUCAUCCUCUUUAUUUGCAUCAAAAAGCAGUGAGCUGACUAUGGUUCAAGAUGUUACUAAUUUCAAUUCUUUAACUCAAAAUUUUACCCUGAAUUUGAACGCAUCUUCACCAAAUGUUACCUCUUCACUUACUAGUGCAAUUAUUAAACAAAUUGAUGGACGGCUUGGAGAAUAUCAAAUUCAAGAAUUUUUUUAUCAAAAUGAUAGUGUAGUCUAUUAUGACUCGCCAGUAACAUCAGUUUCUUACAUUAAGAACAUCUGGCCUAUAAUAGUUGAAAUCUUUUUCAAGGCUUCAAAAAAAGGUCUUGAACCAUCAGCACUAGAAGCAUGCAAUUUUAGAAUUGUUUUUGAUAAAAAGGGGUUUUUUAAUGAUUUUGAUGGUUAUAUUGAACGAAGAUGCGGUAGAGCUAAGGAGGAUCAUUUUUACCUGGUCUCUCAAGUCGAAGGAAAUACUAUUUUGGGUUUGAAAUUUUUCCAACGUGAAAAAAUGUUUGCGACAGUUUCUGGCAAGUCACUAAACAGAGAAAUGAGAAAUGUUGUGGUUGAAAGUGGAGCUCCAUUUCUAUCACUUAUUCCUACUUUAUACGCUAUUUAUUAUGACUACUUUAAGAUGAAACGUCAAGUGAACGACAUAACUAGAAUUCCUAAUAGUUACCAAUUGCUAAGAAACGAUUGGGAUAUAUAUAGUUAUAGUUAUUCGAUUCAAUCGACAUCAUUCGUUUCUUAUAAUGCAAGUAACAACACUAUUCAGGAUUUCACUUACCUUAAUAGAGCUAUGAUACAACCAAUUGAAUAUCCGUCAGGAAAAUAUUAUGUUAAAGAAUUUUUUUAUAAAUCUGACACUGUGGAUUAUUCAUUAACAACCACGAACUCGAAUAUUCAAUAUAAGUGGCCUGCAAUAGUAGAAAUUUAUUUCACUAGCUCAGGAAAUUUUCUGGACCCGUAUUCUUUAGAAGUUUGUAAUUUCAGGUUUGCUUUUUUUAAGGAAGGUUAUGAUAAAGACAUUGAGGGCUUGGUUGAACGUAAAUGUCCUAAAGCAUUUGAAUCUAGCUUUUAUAUUGUUUCAAGAGUUGAAGGAAAUAGUAAUAUUGGGUUUAAGUUUUUACUUGAUGGAAGUGAAUUUGCAACUGUUUCAUCAAAAACACAACCUAGAGAAAAAAGGGAUGUCAUAGUUAAAGAUGAAACGCCGUUUCCAUCUCUUAUUCCUACUUUAUAUGCUAUUUAUUAUGAUUAUUUUAAGAUGAAACGCCAAGCACGAGAUAUAACUAGAAUUCCAAAUAAUUAUCAAUUGUUGAGAGAUAAAUUGAAUUUAAAUAAUUAUGAAAUCCAAUCAACGUCAUUCAUUUCUCCUUAUAAUGAAAUCGUUAACGCCUCACCUACUAUUAGGGCUACAAUAAAAGCAAUUAAAUAUCCAUCAGGACAAUUUUCCAUUCGAGAAUUUUUUUAUGAAACUAGUAUUAAGAAUUAUUCACACACAUUAAUAACAGCCAACUCAACAAUACAAAAUAAAUGGCCUGCAAUUGUAGAAAUUUAUUUUACUAGUUUAGGAAAUUCUUUGGAUCCAUACUCUUUGGAAGUUUGUAAUUUUAGACUUGCUUUUUUUAAAGAAGGUUAUGAUGAAGAUAUUAAGGGCCAUGUGGAACGUAAAUGCCCCAGAGCAUUCGAAUCCAACUUUUAUCAGGUUUCAAAGGUUGAAGGAAAUAGCGAUGUAGGAUUUAAAUUUUUUAAUGAUGGAAAUGAAUUUGCAACUGUUUCAUCAAAAGUGCAAUACAGAGAAAAAAGGCAAGUAUUUAAUAAAUAUAUUGUUGUUAACGAUAAUUCACCAUUCACAUCACUUAUACCCGGUUUAUAUACAAUUUAUUAUGAUUACUUAAAACGAAAAAGUCAUGCACAGGAUCUCACAAGAAUUCCAAAAAUAUAUCAAUUACGUUGGAAUAGUUGGUAUUGGGGCGAUUAUAAUUAUGUUAUCGAAUCAAAAUUUUAUUCAUUUUUUGCUAUAUCAGAUAUAUAUGAAUCAAAUAUGUCCAACAAUGGCAAUAUUUCUUUCAAACAAAAUUGCAUCUCGUCAUCAAAUGAUGAUGAAAAUAGCAAUAGCUCUUUCAAACAAAAUCAUAUCUCGCCAUUGAAUUGUGAUGUAAAUCCGUCCACUAUCAGAGCUGUUAUUAAUGCCGCUCAAUAUAUAACAGGAUAUUAUGAAGUCCAAGAAUUUUUUUACAAACCUGGUUCUCAAGACUAUUAUCAUACUUUAGUAACUGCAAAAGUAACUUUACAAAGUUUAUUGCCUGGGAUCGUUGAUGUUUCUUUUAUUACUUCCGAUAAAGUUAUAGAUCCGUACGCUUUGGAAGCUUGUGAUUAUAAACUAAUUUACUUUGAAAACCUUGAAGGCCAAAUCAAACGUAGAUGUAAAAGAGCCUUUGAAGAUGAUUUUUAUAUUGUAUCAAAGGUUGGCGGAAGUACAUAUUGGGGAUUGAAUUUCUCUCCUGGCGAAGAUGAAUCGAGCUUAUCUGCAUGGAUUUCUGCAGUGUAUUAUUGGCCAAGCCGGAGAAGAAGGUGA